AAACAGCAGCCCAGACUCAGGCAGCAUCCAAGAGAGAGGCUGGCAGUCUCCGGGAGCCAGCUCUGCAGCCAUUGGCUCUCCUGUCCCUGCCCGAGCAUCACGAUGGAUCUCAGAAAUACCCCAGCCGGGAAUCUGGACAAGUUCAUCGAAGACUACCUCCUGCCAGACACGCAAUUCCGCAGGCAGGUCCGAGAAGCCAUCGACAUUAUCUGCAGUUUCCUGAAGGAGAGGUGUUUCCGAGAUGCCCCCCACGCAGUACGGGUGUCGAAAGUGGUGAAGGGUGGCUCUUCAGGCAAAGGCACGACCCUCAGAGGUCGAUCUGAUGCAGAUCUUGUGGUCUUCCUCGACAACUUCACAAGUUUCCGGGAGCAGUUUGUGCACCGAGGAGAGAUCAUCCGGGAAAUUAGGAGGCAGCUGGAAGACUGUCAAAGACAGAAAAAGUUUGACGUGAAGUUUGAGGUCCAGAAGCAGCUGUGGGAGAAGCCCCGCGCACUCAGCUUCGUGCUCAGGUCCCGCCGGCUCAACGAGGGGGUGGAAUUUGAUGUACUGCCUGCCUUUGAUAUCCUAGGUCAGGUGACCGCAGGCUACAGACCUGACCCCGAAAUCUACGUCCAGCUCAUCAAAGAGUGCGAGCAGCUGGGGAAAGAGGGCGAGUUCUCCCCCUGCUUCACGGAGCUGCAGCGAGCCUUCCUGAGGCAGCGUCCAGCCAAGCUUAAGAGCCUCAUCCGCCUGGUCAAGCACUGGUACCAAAAGUGUAAGGAGAAUUGUGGGAAGCCGCUGCCACCACAGUAUGCCCUGGAGCUCCUGACAGUCUACGCUUGGGAGCAAGGAAGUGGACAAACAGAAUUCAACACGGCUCAGGGAUUUCAGACCGUCUUGGAGUUAGUCCUGAAGCACCAGCAGCUGUGUAUCUACUGGACAAAGUACUACGACUUUGAUGACCCUGUUAUUAAAGAAUACCUGCGCAGGCAGCUCAGGAAACCCAGGCCUGUGAUUCUGGACCCGGCUGACCCUACAGGAAACGUUGGUGGUGGAAACCCAUCUGGCUGGCUGCGGCUGGCACAAGAGGCUAGAGCCUGGCUGGAUUCCGCGUGCUUUAAGAAAGGGGAUGGGUCUCCAGUAGGCUCCUGGAAUGUGCCGCUUCAAUAAGACAGCGAGGACUUCCCCACUCCCCAGACAGAAGAGAGCUGGACGUGCACCAUCCUCUGAACGCCAGUGCAUGUUAGGGGAAAGAGUUCCAGAGGCGUCUGGGCCAGUCCCCUCAUUUGCAGGGGUGGGGCCUUCAUCGGCAGUGAUUCGUUUCAGUCCCAGGACCAGAAUCCAUGUCUCCUGACCCCCCUUCCUGCUAUUCCGUGCUUUCUCACCUUCCAUAGAGAGCAUUCCCCACCACCCCCGCCCCACCACAGCCUGUUCUGUGACAAUCUUCUCUGAGAGACAACAGGACAGAUUUAGACAAAAGACUGAACCCCAGCCUUGACUUCCUUCUGUGUACCUGGUGGGAGGGUUAUGGUCCAAUUUAUUAUCAAUAACAAUAAAAAUAAUAGCA